UUUAGUGCCCUGGCUGCUCAUUAGGCUUCUAUGGCAUGUUGCUGGGUCAGGGCUUUGAACAAUAGAGGCAAACAUCCUUUUUUUACAUUGAGCAAGUAUAAAAGUAACCGUUACCACUGCCAGGAAUGCACAGCAACCACAGCUCAGUCCUGAGGAACAACCAGAAGACUGCAAACAUGGGCAAGAUCAUCUUCUACGAGGACAGGAACUUCCAGGGUCGCCACUAUGAGUGCAUGAGCGACUGCGCCGACAUGUCCUCCUACAUGAGCAGGUGCCACUCCUGCAGGGUGGAGAGCGGCUGCUUCAUGGUCUACGACCGCCCCAACUACAUGGGAAACCAGUACUUCAUGAGGAGGGGAGAGUACGCCGACUACAUGAGCAUGAUGGGAAUGUCUGAUUGCAUCAGGUCUUGCCGUAUGAUCCCCAUGUACAGAGGAUCUUACAGGAUGAGGAUCUAUGAGAGGGAGAACUUCGGUGGUAUGAUGCAUGAGAUGAUGGACGACUGCGACAACAUCAUGGACCGCUACCGCAUGAACAACUGCAUGUCCUGCAACGUGAUGGACGGCCACUGGCUGAUGUACGAGCAGCCCCACUACAGAGGCAGGAUGAUGUACUUCAGGCCUGGAGAGUACAGGAACUUCAUGAACAUGGGCAUGAGCGGCAUGAGGUUCAUGAGCAUGAGGCGCAUCAUGGAUUCCUACUACUAA